AUGAUUGCAAAUAGUGAAGAUGAAGCUUAUAACAUGUACAAUGAAUAUGCAUAUCACAAAGGCUUUUGUAUUCGAAGGGAUGAAAAAACAUACAAAAGAGGGACAACUCAACUGAUUCGUCGUAGUUUUGUUUGCUCAAGAGAAGAGUUUAGAGAAUUUAGUGACCUUAGCCCAGAGAAGAAGUAUGAUAAGCUAGACACUAGAUGUGGUUGUCAGACUCAGGUUAUUUUUAAAGUGGAAAAUAGCAUUUAUGAAAUCAGACGGUUAAUCAUUGAGCACAAUCACCCCUUAAUUGAAUCAAGUCAAAGACACUCGAUAAGGUCUGCAUGUAAAAUACAUGACACUAGUAAAGGUGUUAUUAAAUCCAUGGUUGAUGCUGGUAUAUGGGUGUCCAAAACAUAUGGAUAUUUGUUAAAUGAAGCAGGUGGUUAUCAAAGUAUUGGAUUCACUAAGCGUGAUUGUCCUAACUAUAUUCAAGUUGAGCAGUCAAAAAGAAUUGAAGCUGGUGAUGGUUAG